GCGAGCUGCCAAAGAGGAAGUGCAGCUUGUUUUCUUUCAUUUUCUUGAUUCCUAUGCUGUAGGAAGAUGAAAGGAGCAGGAGGAGGAGGCAACAGCGGCAGCCAAACUUAAUAAAUAAUUCUGACGACUCCUCAUAUCAAAUGGAGGCCCCCGAGUGGGACCCACUGAAAAAUGACACCCUUCCGCCGACCCUGACGCCAGCUGUCCCUCCGUAUGUGAAGCUGGGCCUGACCAUUGUAUAUACUGUUUUUUAUUCACUCCUUUUUGUGUUCAUCUACGUCCAGCUCUGGCUGGUCCUUCACUACAGGCACAAGAGGUUCAGUUACCAAACUGUCUUUCUGUUUCUGUGCUUGUUUUGGGCCUCCCUUAGGACUGUGCUCUUUUCAUUUUACUUCAAAGACUUUGUCACAGCAAAUUCUCUCAGCCCCUUCAUCUUCUGGCUUCUCUAUUGCUUCCCAGUCUGCCUCCAGUUUUUCACCCUGACCCUGAUGAAUCUUUACUUCACACAGGUGAUUUUCAAGGCUAAGUCAAAAUAUUCCCCAGAGCUACUCAAAUACAGGUUGCCCCUCUACCUGGCUUCCCUUUUCAUAAGUCUCCUCUUCCUCUUGGUGAAUUUAACAUGUGCUGUAUUGGUGAGAACAGAGAAUUCAGAGAGAAAAGUCAUUGUCUCUGUCCGGGUGGCAAUUAAUGACACGUUGUUUGUGCUGUGCGCAGUCUCACUCUCCAUCUGCCUGUAUAAGAUUUCCAAGAUGUCUUUAGCCAACAUUUACUUGGAGUCCAAGGGUUCAUCCGUCUGUCAGGUGACAAGUAUAGGAGUGACUGUUAUACUACUUUAUACCUCACGAGCCUGUUACAACUUGUUCAUCUUAUCAUUUUCUCAAACCAAGAAAGUCAAUUCAUUUGAUUAUGAUUGGUACAAUGUAUCUGAUCAGGCAGAUCUGAAAUGUCAGCUGGGAGACGCAGGUUACAUUGUGUUUGGAGUGAUCCUUUUCAUCUGGGAGCUCUUGCCAACUUCCUUGGUUGUGUAUUUCUUCCGUGUCCGAAACCCUACAAAAGAUCUAGCCAAUGCAGGAAUGGUCCCAAGCCAUGGCUUCAGUCCCAGAUCUUAUUUCUUUGACAACCCUCGCAGAUACGACAGUGAUGACGAUCUAGCCUGGAAUAUUGCACCACAAGGGGCACAGGGCAGUUUCUCUCCAGACUACUAUGACUGGGGGCAUCAGAACAACAGCUUCAUGGCUUAUAUAGGAUCCCUUCAGCAAGAUCCAACUCUGGACACAGACCGGCCUAGCCCUAUAUAACUUCAAUCAACUACAGCAUUCUAGGACAUUCCAAUAUUAAAACAAUUAUUCUGAAAAACAAAGCUUAGCAUUUUUUCUUCACUCUUUGUUUUUUAGAAGAGUGUUCCUAUGCACAAGUAAAUGAAGAACUCGUCUUUGCCACAAGCGUUUUGUAGUUCAAGAAGUAUAAGCUAAUGAUUUAAACUUUGAAGACCAUUCUACUUAAUACCCUGUUCUAAGCCAUGGUAUUUUUGGGCUUUGAAUAGAGUUGUUAGAGGGUAUAAUUUAAUCAUUUUAUGCUCAUUUUAAAAGAGCAAAAUUCAUGGAGCUAAAUAGCAUAAUUAUUUUCU